AUGGAUGUUCUAGAGAAAGUCGUCUAUAGCUAUAACCACACCAAGCAUCGAAUGUUAGGUCAAACACCAGCCAGUGUCAACCAAACGAACGAAGGAGAGGUCCGUCUGUCUCAGUACCUGAUCAAACCUAAAAAGGCUAUCCACAAAAAGAAGUUUGCAUUUAACAUAGGUGAUAAAGUACGAGUCAGUCAUCUUCGGGGCACCUUUGAUCGGGAAUACCAAGAGAAAUGGUCUGACGAAAUAUUUACCAUUGAGAAAAGGUACUGGUCUCAAGGUAAAGACUUGUACAAAUUAAAGGACUGGGGUGGUGAUGCCAUCGAAGGGACAUUCUAUGCAGCUGAACUUCAAAAGGUGACUGAGAAUCCUGAUCAACUGUAUCGUAUCCAAGACAUUGUGAAAAGGAGAACUCGUAACAAACAGAAAGAAGUGUUGGUCAAAUGGCUUCACUGGCCUAAGAAGUACAAUUCGUGGAUUCAAGAAGCAGACGUUGUUCGAUAUCAGACAGUAUAA